AUGGCAUUUACAUCAACAGCUGCUGCUUCUUCUUCUUCAUCUUCAUCAUCCACGAGGCAAUGGCGAACGGCGUUUCUAACUCUAAGGGACGAAAUUCAAACUUCCGAUGGAGUUGGUGUCAACAACAACGACCACCUCCGCCUCCUCAAUCACGUUAUAUUUUCCCAAUCCGACUCCAUACUUUCUGCUGCUUCAGAACUGCCUCCUCGCGAGGUUGAAUCUGAUGUUGUGCUCAUCAUGGAAUUGGCGCUCAAUGUGUCUGAUUCUACUCAUAUUGAUGACCUCACUCAGAUCUUUAUCCAUCUUUCGAAAUUUAUCCACAGCACUGUUCCUCGUGUUGCUUUUGUUAUGAAUCAAUCCAGUUUGGCUAUGACACUUGACUGCUUUCGGAGAGCAUUAGAAGUUUUUGUUGGCAGUGCGAAAUCAAGUGGGGAAUUUACUCGAAAUGCUUCUGUUAUUGGAGCAAUUAAACAAUGUUUAGAGUCUGCUAGGUUGCUUUUUGAGGUUCCUCAGAAAACCAGCUUGCUACCAGACCACAAACGGCUACUCGAUUUCCUCCAUCUUGUUAUCGCUGGCUUUCAGAUGGCGCCGCAUAGUUCAAGCAGCAAUACAAAAGUUUUGCAAACCCAGUGUACAUGGGAAGUCCAGAAAACUGCUUUUGCCCUUAUCGGCGAAGUGUACUCAAAGGUUGAGCAGUCUAUGCAGGUUGAUGUUUGGAAAUCAACAAUUGAGGUUCUCAGACAGGUGAUUGAUUUAUUAGCUUCUAAGGGUCCACUGAAGGAAGACAGCUUCAUGGCAAGGUUUUACUGCUCGGUGCUGCAUUGCCUUCACUUGGUUCUCAUGAAUCCUAAAGGAUCUCUUUCAGCCCAUGUUUCUGGUUUUAUAGCAGUUCUGAGGAUGUUUCUGAAUUAUGGUGUUGCUGGCCGAAACCCUUCCAGGUCACAAGAGGUUGGUAUAGUGAAGGAGCAUGGUUCUUCCACCAAAAAUGUAAAUGUGGCAGACUUAAAUAAAUCAGACUCCUCUCGUUAUAGGCCACCUCACUUGCGGAAAGAGUUGAAGAGCGUGCAAAAGAAAGACGAGGAAGUUAUGGCCCCCACUGGGCUUGGUUCUUCUACAGCUUAUCAAACAUUUUCUGAUUCAGAUUACAGUGACAGUGAGGGAUCUGUACGAGAUCCUAACAUAGUUCUUUUCGGCAAGACUAGACUAGCUGCUAUUGUCUGUAUACAGGAUCUUUGUAGAGAUGAUCCUGAAGUUUUUACCAGCCAAUGGACUGUUCUUCUACCCCGUAGUGACAUCUUACAGCCAAGGAAGUAUGAAGCAACUUUGAUGAGUUGCCUACUAUUUGAUCCUUACCUUAAGGCACGGCUUGCAUCCGCUGCUGCUAUAACAGGAAUGCUGGAUGGACCUGCUGCUGUUUUCCUAAAGGUUGCAGAAUAUAAAGAUUCCAACAAGAUUGGAUCUUUUACAGCACUUUCUAUCUCCCUUGGACAAAUCUCAAUGCAGCUUCAUUCAGGCAUACUUUACUUAAUUAAAUAUGAACCACAUAAGGGAGUUCUUGCUGCCAUUUUCAAACUCCUGACGGCUUUGAUAUCAUCCACACCCUAUUCAAGAAUGCCCAUGGAGUUGUUACCUUCCAUUAUUUCUUCUCUCCAAGUGAAAAUUGAAGAUACCCUCUCAGUUCAGAGUGACCAGACAAGUGUACUGGCUGGUGCUAUUGAUUGCUUGACUGUAGCUUUAUCUGUCUCGCCUCCCUCAGAUCAUGUCAAGGAUAUGCUUUUGGAGGAAGUAGCUAGAGGUUUUUCCGAGCUCCAAAAAAGAUCUGGAAUAUUAUCACUACUGUUCCGAUGUUCAGAACCUUUAACCUGCCCAUCCAUAUGCCUUGAAUCCUUGCAGGCCCUUAGAAUUGUGGCACAUAAUUAUCCAGGUACAAUGUCUUCAUGCUGGAAACAAGUGUCCUCUAUUGUAUUUGGACUUUUAAGCUGUACUGGUGAUAUGCCAGCAAGAUCAUGGAAGAAUAAUACUGGAUACACAGGUGGCCCCACUUGGGAGAAAGUAAUUACAGCUGCAAUCAAGGUUCUGGACGGAAGUUUACGUGCAAUAUCGGGAUUCAAAGGAACUGAGGAUCUUUCUGAUGAUAAACUUCUCGAUUCCGCGUUUACACCUGAUUCUAUUAGGAUGAAAACCAUUUCAUCUGCUCCAUUAGAUGGAUUGCUAACCCCUACUGCACGAAGGAAUACAGAGGGAGCUUGCCUGCUUGGAAAUGAGCAGUGGUCAGAAGCAAUAGUUAGACACAUGCCUCUAUGUCUUCGGCAUUCUUCUGGCAUGGUGAGGGCUGCAUCAGUGACUUGCUUCGCUGGUUUGACUUCUCCUGUGUUGGUUUCACUGACCAGAGCUGAACAGGACUUCAUUCUUAGUUCUUCAGUACAUGCUGCCCUAGGUGAUGAAGUUCCUUCAGUCAGGUCAGCUGCAUGCCGUGCCAUUGGUGUUAUUGCAUGUUUUCCACCGGUAAUCCACAGUGGAGAGAUCCUUAACAAGCUUAUCAAUGCUGCUGUUCACAACUCUAAUGAUUUGCUGGUCUCAGUGCGCAUCACAGCAUCAUGGGCUUUAGCAAAUAUCUGUGAUUCCCUUCGCCAUUGUGUUGAAGUGCACACUUCUGAUAGUGGUUCAAUAGAUUCAAAGGUGAGCCAAGAAUUGAUUUUGCUGCUAAUUGACAGUGCUUUGCGGCUAUCGAAAGAUAAUGACAAGGUCAAGGCAAAUGCUGUGCGAGCUUUGGGAAACCUCAGUAGAUUUGUUCCAUUUUCUGGUCCCGCAGGUGGUUGUGAUGAGACGGUGAACAGUUCGUCCUCUCCUCUAAACAAUGCUAACAUUAAAUCUUCAUCUAAGCCACAGGAUAUCAGUGGUAACUCAAAAUCUCUCCAUUCAGCCACUCCAAAAGUUUUGGAUUGGUUGGGAAAAACGGUUCAGGCUUUUGUCUCUUGUAUUACAACGGGUAAUGUGAAGGUCCAGUGGAAUGUUUGCCAUGCAUUGAGCAACCUCUUUCUCAAUAAAACUUUAGAAUUACAUGACAAAGAUUGGGCUCCAACUGUCUUUAGUGUACUCUUACUCCUCCUGCGUGAUUCUGCAAAUUUUAAAAUCAGGAUACAAGCUGCUGCUGCACUGGCUGUUCCAAGUAAAGUAAAUGAUUAUGGUUCAUCUUUCUCUGAUGUCCUUCAAGGCGUAGUGCACGUUCUUGAGAAUCUAGGUUCGGAUCAAGUGUCAAAACCAGCUGAUUUAAAAUAUAGGGUUGCCCUUGAAAUGCAGUUGACUUCGACCACGUUGCAUGUGAUUAGUCUUGCUCCAGAUACAGAGUGGCAGGGCAUGGACGAAUUUCUUGUUAAAAAAAAGCAUUUUUUGGAGGAGUGGCUCGGUGCCCUCUGCUUGUCUCUGAAGACAGAGCUUGAGGAUGAACAUUCCAAGCUUGUGGACGUAAAAAGGGGCAUGAUAGACAGGGCACUGCAGUCGUUGAUCAAGGUUUUUGAAGUUGGUCGUCAUGAUGCCUCUGCAAUUAGGUUUCAGAAGCUGUUAUAUGAAAUUGCGUGA